GCGGGUACAAUGGAUUUAGUUCCUAUGGGGAUAACAGAAUUAAAUUCCGAGGGUACAAUUUGAUGGGCCUAUUAUAUAUACCGGUAAACCUGUUUUAUAACUGCAAUGACCCUGUAAACCAUCACAAAGGCCGUUCGUUGCAAGACGUAAAAGGUGGCGUUUACCUGUAAAUCAAACUUUCUCUUCUGAUUUUGUCGUCAGCAGCCGAACGCUUAAAUUCGAUGAUAAUUGCAGGACCGUACACCACGAUCGUAAAUUUCAACACAGCACACGUGGGUAACCUCGCACAACUACUUCCGGGGUCGAGCGUGAUUCACGCGUGAACUGACAAGCGCGGGAGAUUUCAGUUGUUUUUUUAGAUGUUUGUACUAUUUACUGGUAUGGCAAUGUAGAUCAUGGUGCAGCUUGUGAUCAGAUCGCCUGCUGGUGGCAACAGUACAGAAUGGAUGUUAAUAGAAUUGCAAGGUGAAUUGGUGUCAAGACUGCAAUCACAUCUUGCUGGUAACUUUAUUGGUGAUCUUCAUUUCAACCAUAAGGGUACACCUAUACUAAUUAUUGGUCACCACAUAUUGUAUGGAAAGGCCAUUGACCUGGAUAAACCUUACUGUGUUCUCAUCAAAAACGAAUCUUCAUCUGAUGAUGUUGCCAUGGACAUAGAUCACAGUAGUCGGGGAACUCAUUACACAGUCAAAGCUGUGGUGAAAAGGAAGCUACAGUUCAGAAACAGACCUAAGCCAAUCAUUGCAAAUGUUCCAAAGAAAGUAUGAAGUUGCUAAUUGGGACGUAGACUUUUGACUAGACAGGCUACAUAGUUUAAAUGCGAUACACAAUAGUAUUAUUGUCUCAGACUGUCCUACUAGAUGUGGUAUAAAGUGG